AAAACUCCCUUCUUCUUUCACUUCCUUAGUCUCUCUGCACCUCACAACACAACACAACACAACUGUUUCUUCAUCUUCCUCAAAGCCAAUGGCUUCUGCAACACUCUCUCUGCAUUAUCCUCUUCUUCUUCUUCAUUCUCCUCUUUCUACCAAAAUUACCAAACCACCCCUCUCACUGCGACCCCUUCUUCUCCCUCGCCCCCUCCACUCGCGCUUUCUCCUCCCUCCGCCACGCGCCUACGUUACGGCGCCCGCAUCCGACCCGAAUUUCGGAGACCCGGAUCCGAAGCUGAUCGGGUUGGUUCCGGAGAAGGCAAAGCCGCAAAACGUGAUCACGUGGAGCCUGCUCUGCACGCUUCUCAUGAACCACAAACUGCGCCUGGCUCUCGUGUUCGCAACGCUCUUCGCCUGCUCCACCUGUACCCUAUCCAUGCCCCUCUUUUCCGGACGGUUUUUUGAAGUUCUAAUUGGAGCUAGACCUGAACCGUUAUGGAAGCUGCUUACUAAAAUUGGAGUUCUGUAUGCCUUGGAGCCACUUUUAACUAUUAUUUUUGUUAUAAACAUGAACAUAGUGUGGGAGAAAAUUAUGUCGACACUAAGAGCUCAGAUCUUCGGAAGAAUAUUGAUUCAAAAGAUUGAGUUUUUUGACAAAUAUAAGGUUGGUGAACUCACAGGUUUGUUAACAUCUGAUUUGGAUUCUCUUAAAAAUAUUGUCAGUGAGAAUGUCUCAAGGGAUCGCGGAUUCAGGGCAUUAUCUGAGGUCAUUGGAACAAUAUUCAUACUUUUUUCUUUAUCACCGCAACUGGCACCCAUUCUAGGUGUUCUGAUGCUCGCAGUUUCCAUUUCAAUUGCUGUCUACAAGAGAUCGACAUUGCCAGUUUUUAAAGCACAUGGGAAGGCCCAAGCAUCUAUAUCUGACUGUGUGACUGAAACGUUUUCAGCUAUUCGAACAGUAAGAUCCUUUGGUGGUGAAAAGCGCCAAAUGUUCUCUUUUGCUAAUCAGGUUCUAUCUUUCCAAUCUAGUGGGAUAAAGCUUGGGACUUUCAAAUCUGUAAAUGAAUCUUUAACUAGAGUUGCAGUUUAUAUUUCUUUAAUAGCAUUAUACUGUCUUGGAGGAAGCAAGGUUAAGGCGGGUGAACUCUCUGUUGGAACCAUGGCAUCUUUUAUCGGUUAUACUUUCACUUUAACAUUCGCUGUUCAAGGACUGGUUAAUACUUUUGGAGAUCUCCGUGGAACUUUUGCUGCUGUUGAGAGGAUCAACUCUGUUUUUUCUGGGGUUCAAGUUGAUGAUGCCCUGGCUUAUGGCUUAGAAAGAGAACUGAGACAAAAAACAGUGGAGGAUGAAAACUAUAAAUUGGUCUUAUCUAAUAUUUCUACCGAGAAUAACCAAAAAAAUUAUUUUCACUUUAUGUCAGCUCUUAAAACAUCAAGCAAUUUAUUUAGCAUAGCUUGGUCGGGAGAUAUUUGCCUUGAAGAUGUAUAUUUCUCUUAUCCAUUAAGGCCGGAUGUGGAAAUCUUACGUGGCUUAAAUUUAAGACUAAAAUGUGGAACUGUAACUGCACUGGUGGGUCCAAGUGGUGCAGGCAAAAGUACAGUAGUCCAGCUAUUGUCUCGUUUUUAUGAGCCAACAAGUGGCUGUAUAACAGUUGCAGGAGAGGAUGUCCGAACAUUUGACAAGAGUGAAUGGGCCCGGGUUGUUUCCAUUGUAAAUCAAGAGCCUGUUUUGUUUUCGGUGUCUGUUGGAGAAAACAUUGCAUAUGGGCUUCCAGAUGAAGAUGUCUCUAAAGAAGAUGUCAUUAAGGCAGCAAAAGCUGCAAAUGCUCAUGACUUUAUAAUUUCACUACCACAGGGCUAUGAUACACUUGUUGGUGAGCGUGGAGGCCUAUUGAGUGGAGGACAGAGACAGAGAAUUGCCAUAGCCCGCGCUCUCCUAAAGAAUGCUCCCAUCCUUAUACUUGAUGAGGCUACCAGUGCCCUGGAUGCUGUCAGUGAGCGCUUGGUCCAGGAAGCUCUCAACCAUUUGAUGAAGGGAAGAACCACAUUAGUAAUAGCCCACCGAUUAAGCACAGUCCAAAAUGCAUACCAAAUUGCAGUCUGUUCUGAGGGGAGGAUUACAGAAUUAGGCACUCAUUUUGAGCUAUUGGCUAAGAAGGGCCAAUAUGCUUCACUGGUUGGCACACAAAGGCUUGCCUUUGAAUAAAUUGGUAUAAUAAAAGUGGGAAUAUUUUCUGUUAUACCAGAUAGCAAUGCACCAUACAUAGAGCUGGAUAUUUUGCUUUCAGCCUUGCAGAAAAACAGAGAUUGAGAGAGUGGAAAAGAAAUCAUACAGUUAAAGGAAAUUGGCUGUAGCCACUCUUACAUUGUAUUUUGGUAUACAAGGUCUCAUCUUUUUUCAUCUAA